CCUCCACCCCACCCCCCCAAACUGGUUGCAUUUAGCUCACGGGGUUUGGACUACGACUUGCAAGUUUAAGGGGCAAGUGACAGAGUGGCCAGGCGGCCUAGGAUCUGCAGGGAUUCAGCUGGGAGUCUAGGGAAGCAGUUCUGCCCCUUCCUCUCCUCAACCCUGGCAGGGUGGUUUCCCAACCCCUCAAGACAAUCAUGGAUGGAUGAGAGGAGCUGACACUGGCCUCCCCCUCUGUAACCACCUUCUCUUGGACCAUGGAGCAGGCCUUGCUGCCCCUGGCCAUGACCUCUGACCCCAGAGCCUUUAAUCAACAACUCCCAGAGCCUCUAGGUCCAAGAUGUGUUUUGAAACCCCAGGACAAUCCUGAACUGGCACCCGCUUUGGUGUGUGCACUUUGCUGCUGCUUUGGAAUCAUCUACUGCUGCUUUGGCUACCGCUGUUUCAAAGCAGUGAUGUUUCUCUCGGGCCUGCUGUCAGGAGCCCUGGUGAUCUUCCUGCUGUGCCACAAGGAGCGAGUGCUGGAGACCCAGCUGAGCCUGGAGGUGAGCGCAGGCAUUGCGCUGGGCAUCGGACUCCUCUGCGGCCUGGUCACCAUGCUGGUUCGCAAUGUUGGCCUCUUCCUGACUGGUAUCCUGCUCGGCCUAACCCUAGGUGCUGGAGCCCUGCUAGGCACUGAACCUAUCUACCAACCACCAUCAGCCUGGGUUCCAGCUGGGGCACUGGUGGGGCUGGCACUACUGGGAGCUCUGCUCACACUUCGGUGGCCACGUCCAUUCACAGUUCUAGGGACGGCUUUACUGGGUGCUGCAGUGCUGGUGGCCUGUGCUGACUACUUCCUGGAGGGGCUAACACUGGGCAGUCGGCUGGGCCAACGCCUGCAAGCACUUUCAUCCUUGCCUCCUCUCUGCUGGUAUAGCUGGGUCUUGCUGGGGACCUGGCCAGUCCUGGGGGCCCUUGGGGCCCUGGCCCAGUGGAAGUUCAUGGAUGAGGAACAUGGAGGCCAUACCAAUGUGUUGAGCCGCCAGCGAAGGCAUCUCCAACUCCUUAGGAUCCGUCAGCAAGAGGCCAAGUGGCACCGAACGGCCCCUGGGGUGAGCCUCUGUGAAGGCAGCUACCGGCGCCAGCUCUCCCCCAACACCCGGAGCCCUGCUGACAGUCUGGCUCCAAGUUAUCUCCAAAGCCUUCAAGAGCAUCAGCGAAGACCAGGUACCCAGGCCACAGCACCCCACACCAUCCUGGACCUGGAUUCUGACUGUGGUUCCACUGUACCCCUCACUAUGCCUUCUGGUUCCACCCAGACCUGAGCCCAAACCUCCAUUCCUACCCAAACCCUGAGCAGAAGCCAGGGGCACUAAAUGACUGAGACCUGUGUCCUUAGGAUGUAAAUGCAAACUUCCCCUGGGACUUAGGGUUAGAAUCUGUGCUUCAACCCAGACCAUCCCUUUAGGGAUACAUUUCAGGGACAGAUAGAGAAGAAACUUAUGGAAAUAUGAGUACCUACCUACCAACCUGGCUCUGUUAAUAAUAGAGGUGCACCAGUCCCCAAAGUAAUUGGCUCCCUAAUUAUAUACAAACCCAAAUACUCUUUUCUAUACCCACCUCAGUGUGCCUGACAAUGAUAAAGUAGUGGGAGUUGUUUGUGUAGGGCCUGUGGAAAAUCAGAAAUCCUCCUAAAGCACUUAGUAACUUUUUGAGAAGGGCACAAAGAAGCUCCAUGAUUGUCCCAAUCCAGACCCACAUCUUGGGGAGUUGGGUUCCUGGCUAGCCUUUCUCCCCAGACUCCAUAAACUCAAAUCCCCUUCUACCUCAGCUGGAGGCACCGUCCUCCAUGGUGCUUCUCUUUCUGUCCUCAAUGUGGGGAGAGGCCAGGUAGCAGAAAUUGAAUCAGUGCUGGCCGCCCCCACCCCCAGGCUAGCUCCUUGUUUCAAGCAGAGAGCACAUUGGCACACAUGCCAGAGUCUUGCCUUUUUAUCCAAAGGGGACUGGUCUUUGGGGCCAAGUGGGAGAGAAGAGCCUUUUCUGCCUCUUGUAGUAGGUGAUGCUAAUCUCCUUAACCAGAAUUUUGUCCCAGUCACUAAUCCACUUUAACUACCUACCCUCACCUCUGGUUCUCCUGCCCAUGUUUUUUUUUUUUUUUUUUUUUUUUCCCCUGGUUCCCCAGAGAACAUAAAGGAAGAUCUAUCCCUUCCCUGGUCAGCAAGACCAUGGUGGAUGGGAGGAAGUCCAUAGGAGUACAUAAAUAAAAUGGCAUUAAACACUUCA